CAUUGCCUGUUGCCUUGAGAUUUCACUCCUUCCUCUUUUUUGCUUAUUCACCAGUGGGAAGCGGCCAAAGGAGGAAGUGCCAGAGUGGGGAGAGCAGAAAGGUAGAAGAUGCCGGGGCUGAGUCGGAGUUGACUGGCUCCACCAAGGGGAGCUUGUGCGAAGAGAGAAUGUACCUGCUGCUGUCCUUCCUCUCCCUCUUCCAGCUCGUAGGCUCAGCUGACAUCAUGGGUCCAGCAGCAGUCAGAGGCCCAGUUGGGGGCCAACUGACCGUGCAGUGUCGUUAUGGACACGAGUGGGAGACCUACCAUAAGUGGUGGUGUCGAGGAGCCGUGUGGAGUCACUGUCGUAUCCUCGUUCAAACCGACGGAUCACAGCGGGAAGUGAAGGGUGACCGACUGUCCAUCAAGGACGAUUGGAAAUUGCACACGUUCACGGUGACCAUGGAGAAGCUCAGGUGGAACGAUACAGACACUUACUGGUGUGGGAUUGAAAGGACUGGAGUUGACCUGGGGGUCAUAGUUAAAGUGGCCAUUGACCCAGCACCAACUACAGUACCAACCUCCAUCACCCCCUCAAUCACCAUGUCCACUGGGCCAGCAGAAACCAAAGGCCCCCUGACUGCGACCGGCUACCACUCCAGUGACAGCUCUAACUCCAUGAAGCUCAGCAUCCUGAUUCCCCUCACCGUGGCUGUGUUGCUGCUUCUCCUGGUGGCAGUCUCAUUCUUGACUUUGAGGAAGAUGAGGCAACAGAAGGAAGAUUUAUCUUCCCCAGACUUGGGGGAGUCCUCAGAGUCUAGGGAUGGGCUUUCUAAUUCUGAUUGUUUUUGUCUUUUAGCUGCUGGGGUAUCCCCAGAGCAGGUGGUUCAGCCCCUGGAAGGGGAAGGGGACAUCUGCUAUGCAAACCUGGCCCUGCAGUCAACCAGCACCUCCCACAAGUCCUCCCAGAAGAAUGGCUGCACAAAGCCCUCCUCCUCUGCCCAGGAUGACCAGCCGGAAGUGGAAUAUGUCACCAUGGCCCCCCUCCCGAAAGAGGAGAUUCCCUAUGCGGAUCUUUCUUGGGAGCUUUUGAAUCAGGACGCAACCUAUUGCAACAUGAGCUUCCAUGUUGCCCACGUUCCCAGCAGGAGCCACGAGGAAUCCAUGGAAUACAGCAGCAUCAGGAGAUCUAAGCCUGGGCUCCAGGCGCCCCUCGCCCACCCCACAUAAGGCCUGUGAGCCUGUUCCUGCUCUGUCUGCUUCCUGCCCCCAGUCGCUUCACGGGGACCAACCGGUGACUGAAGCCUAGGCCUGGUCUCAGGGGCUUUCGGGAGGGAGCUGGCUUUUCUCCCAUACAGUUUGGGAGGGGGUUGGGGAUAUAUGCUCUGCAGCUGCCAAGGGAGUAAUAAUGAUAAUGAUUAUAAUAAUAAUUAACCUUUAUUUAUUUUUUACCAUAUGUGGUGAGGUGAAUAAUGGCCCCCAAAGUUAUCCACGUCCCAAUUCCCAGAGCCUGUGAAUAUGGCAGAAGGAGUCACGUGGAUGUAUGACGUUGGGGAUUUUGAGAUGGGGGGAGUAUCCUGGAUUCUCCAGUGGGGCCCUAAAUGUAAUCGCCAGGGUCCUUGUAAGGAGACAAGGUCACAAGAGGAGAUGGCAGCCGAUGAUAGAGGCAGAGGCUGGAGUGAUGUGGCCAGAAAAGACAAGUGAUGGAGUGUCUAGAAGGAACCAGCCCUGCCAACACCCUGACUUUAGUGCAGUGAAACAGAUUUUGUUCUGCUGGCCUCCAGGACUGUAGGAGAAUAAACUGAUGUGGUGUUAAUGAAGCCAGUAAACGUGUGGUCAUUUGUUACGGCGUCAAGAGGAAACAGACACGUUGUAUGGCAGGCUCCUUCCCUAAAUGCUCUAUCCCCAGUAACCAGCUCAAUCCUCGAAACAACCCUAUGAGGGCGUCUUAAUCAUUGCCCCCAUUUGACGGAUGAAGCAUCAAGGUUUGGAAAGGUUCAGUGACGUACCAAGUUUUAUCGCUCGGAAGCAGAUGAGUGGAAAUUUGAACUUAGGCAUCUGGGCUCUCGAGUCCGGUGUCUGGGCCACUGUCCUGCACGACAUGUCUAAGGAAGAGGGGGUCUGUGGGCUACUUAUGCAGGGAUCAUUAAUGGGUAUUUACAGGGUUCCAGGCUUACCACCUCUGUUCUAGAGUCCUGGCAGCCUGCUCUCCAGAGUACGUCCCGAAUCCCAGCGUGGUGGCAUGGCUCACUGUCUCUGUGGUUACCAAGCUGAGCCCAAGCAACCAGCCAGUCCCCUGCCUGCUGCCCCUCUUUUUUUUUUUCGGCCCCAGAGACCAUUCUCCUUCCAGCAUCCAGAAUGAUCUUUUUAAGGCACAGACCAGUCACUUGUGGCAUGUCACCUUCAGAUGGGUUCUUCUGCAGCCCAGGACAUCCCUGGGGAUGCAUGGGUCCCUGCCUACCCCUAUGACCCCAGCUCUAGCCACUCUCUUUUUGAAAAGAUGAAGCUUAAG